UCCAUUUCCUCAUGUAUGUGAGGCAACUGUGGCCAGCUCAUGUACACUGAAAUAUGCUUACUAUGUCUUUUUUUCUUUUAAUUCCCACAACAAAUAUAAUUACAUGUUACUGCAACAAGUAAGAUCAGAAGUUAUUUUGUGAAGCUGAACUUUUACAUUAAAAUCUAUAAGGCAACAAUGGAGAGCAACUUCAGUGUUACCACCCUCACCAGCCUAAGCUUCCUAGCUGUGGGUAAUGCAUGUGGAAUAGAUUUUACUCAAGAUGCCAUCUUUCUUCCUGCCCUGUAUGGAAUCUUUUUCAUCAUCGGUGCCCCACUGAACCUGAUGGCACUAUUUGGGCUAUACAGGUUAAUCAAAUCAGAGAACGUUUUACCCGUGUAUGUCAUUAACCUGUUGAUCUCAGAUCUUAUUCAGCUCCUCACCUUGCCUUUAUGGAUGGACUACUAUGCCAAUGGACACCACUGGCGCUUCGGACCGCAGACCUGUCAGCUUAUGGGUCUAUUUUUUUACAUCAGUAUUUACACGGGUAUAUUCUUCAUGUGUAUCAUCGCCCUGGAACGUCACCUGGCCAUCGCCAGACCUCUCAGCUUCAAGCAUCUACGUAACUUGAGGUUUGCUCGCUGGAUAGCACUCAGCAUUUGGAUUCUAAUUGCUGUGCCACCUGCCAUCGCUUUUGACAAGCUCUUCCCCAAGCAGGAAAAUUACACUCUUUGUAUUGAGAAGUAUCCCUCCGAGGGCAGCUUUAUUACAUACAGGCUGAUUACUCUGCUUGUGUCCUUCAUCAUACCCCUGAGCUUCAUUGUUGGUCUCCACAGACAGACCGUCCGCUCACUGAUGGCAAUCAACUCGCUUUUAUCCGAGGAGAAGAGGAGUAUCAGGAGUCUGCUCACCCUUCUCGUGGCCGUGUUUGUCACAGUGCUGGGGCCUUAUCAUUUCAUAGGCUGUGUGAAGUACAUCGGACUGCUGAUUCACAGCAGUGUGUGUGAGUGGGAGAAGACUGUUUUUGUGCCCUAUCAGCUGGGGAGAGGUUUCCUGAGUCUUAACAGCUUGCUGGAUCCUGUGUUCUACAUCUUUCUUCGCAGAGACUUCCGAGCAGCUGCUGGAAACUACCUGCCCUGCCUGAAGAGAGUGAGGACCAGAUCAUAUCAGAUGGAGCGGCCGACAAACUCCACACUGGAUUGUGAUUAAAGAUGCUGUGAAAUCUCUUGUCAAGUGCUAUUUUCCUUUAUUGAUAUACUUCCUAUUGAAACGUAUUGGAAGUUUGGGCCCAUACGUAAAAAAAAAAAAAAAAAAAAGAAACAUUUUAAAAAAAAAAACAAA